AUGGAGGGGAUAGUUCUGCAUUCAGGUACACAACCAUGCAGCCUGAUGCAGCAAUGUUUCAACGGCCAAAUAUGCGUGAAUGGGUUCUGUAGCCGAAGUAACGUCGCCUAUAGUGGAAGUCAAGCGGUGCCCGCUCAAACCACAUGUAUGACCGGUGCCAUAUGUCCAGUCGGACAGUACUGUAUCGGCGGCGUUUGCGUACAGAAUGCGAUGUCAACGACUUUUGCCUGCCAGAACGGUAUCGCAUGUCCACCAGGGAUGAACUGCUAUUUGGGCCGAUGUAUAGCUAAUGGACUGCCCAUGGGUCCAAUGAGCCCUUUGGGUCCAAUGGCACCAGGACUUCCUCCGAUAGGGAAAUAG